AAUAAUGUGAAGUGAAAAUACAGACGCAAAUAAUUUUCCAAAUUGGGAGACAAAUGAGGGUUUUUGGCAACUCCUGCCGAAGGGAAAGAGAGGGAUUUUUGGCUUGAAUUCAGACCCCGCACGCCCAAACCCGAAGCGACUCGCCAAACUCUCGACCGCCACUCUCUCUCCAGCGCAGUUUGUCAAUUAAGAGGAUUUGAAACUGUGCAAAGAACAAACCUGUGAACAUGAAGAAAAAGAUAGCCCUUGGUUUCGAGGGGUCAGCCAACAAGAUUGGCAUUGGGGUGGUCACUCUUGAUGGCGAUAUUUUGUCUAAUCCACGUCAUACCUACAUCACUCCUCCUGGACAAGGCUUUCUUCCACGAGAAACUGCUCAGCACCAUCUCCAGCAUGUACUUCCUUUGGUCAAAGAAUCUCUGAAAACCGCCCAAGUGACUCCUGACGACAUUGACUGUCUUUGUUAUACAAAGGGUCCAGGCAUGGGAGCCCCUCUGCAAGUUUCUGCUAUUGUCAUUAGGAUCCUUUCACAGCUGUGGAAGAAACCGAUUGUUGCUGUUAAUCAUUGUGUGGCACAUAUUGAAAUGGGUAGGAUUGUGACUGGUGCUGAUGAUCCGGUUGUGUUGUAUGUAAGUGGUGGAAAUACACAGGUCAUUGCUUACAGUGAGGGAAGGUAUCGGAUUUUUGGAGAGACUAUUGAUAUUGCUGUUGGAAACUGCUUGGACAGAUUUGCUAGAGUCUUGACACUGUCCAACGAUCCUAGCCCUGGAUACAACAUUGAGCAGCUUGCCAAGAAGGGAGAUCAAUUCAUCGAUCUUCCUUAUGUUGUCAAAGGGAUGGAUGUAUCUUUUAGUGGAAUCUUGAGCUUUAUCGAAGCUACUGCUGAAGAAAAGCUUAAAAAUAAUGAGUGCACCCCUGCAGAUUUGUGCUACUCUCUACAGGAAACACUUUUUGCAAUGCUCGUGGAAAUCACAGAGCGGGCAAUGGCACAUUGCGACAAGAAAGAUGUUUUGAUUGUCGGUGGUGUGGGUUGCAAUGAGCGAUUGCAAGAGAUGAUGAGAGUUAUGUGUUCGGAGCGAGGCGGCAAAUUGUAUGCAACCGACGAUAGGUACUGCAUUGACAAUGGUGCUAUGAUUGCAUACACCGGACUCCUUGCUUAUGCUCAUGGGACAUCAACUCCAUUAGAGGAGUCGACUUUCACCCAAAGGUUCCGUACGGAUGAGGUGCACGCGAUCUGGAGGGAGAAAGAGGAAUUGAAGAAAGCGAAUGGUACUGGUACUGCAGGCUAGAUGAGAUGCCUGGAUUAGUUUACGCAGCCGUAUUUAGCAGAAGAGACUGGAACUAGGAUUCCUAUUUAAUGCAACAGCCUUUAAUUACAGAAAGAAAUGCUGUUCAUUCAUGCAGGAUGUUUACUUUAGCUUUUUGCACUUAAGUGAUAAAUAAUUAUUCAUUUUGACUGGGAAUUACUCCAAA